GGAAAGUUAACCGCCGAGCGUGUUGGCGGUGAACAAUCGUCUGUUUUCGCUGAAACGUCCUGACUUUGACUUUCCGCGAAAUCCGUCUCGUCACGUUCGCUUCAAAAGGGACGUAUUUUCCGCUUUCGGUUGUUCGUCAGUUCUCAUUUUUCACUUGCAACUUGAAUAUCCUUCUUUGUUUUCUUCUUCAACCUUUCCUUCCUUUCUUCCUUUCGGUCUUUUUCGGCUUUCUUUGACGCUCUUGCUUUCCUCGAGCUCUUUUUCCACUUCCUUUCAGGUCUCCUGUUAACGUUCAGCUGGUCUGAGCGCUUUUUUUCAGUGACUCGUCUUGCUCAAAGAGGAUACUUUCAUUCCAGGCCAGACCCUCGUUUGCUCCCACGACAUCCCCUUGUCUUCCUUCCCAUACUUUCCGUUAUUUUAGAGGUUUGAACCUUUCCGCCCUUUUUUUUUUUUUCCCCCCAAGAUGGAUUCCGACCUUUUAUAUCUUCCCUCCCCCGACGUGCAGUCCGACAACGCAUGGGUGCUUGCCGAUGCUCCAACAUCCCCUGCAGUGUCGGUAUUGAAGGAUGCUCAGUUGCUGUCGUCGUCCAAGAAUGGCAUGGCAUCUCCUACCGAAUCCGAAACUUCCUCUCCGUCGCCCCUGUCGGCAUCGCUGUGCGAUUCCAGAUUCAUUUCCCGCGUCAAAAUGGACGUGUCACUCGAACUCCGUCAGGUGAAGUGCCGCAAGUCUGUCACGAACGCCGAUCCCCGAAAGCUCAAAGUCUUUUUGGACCGAGUUUCUCCAAAGUCACCAGCUCCGGCAACCAGUGGGGCCGGUGCCAGUUCCGCCAACCCCAAGGAUGCCCCGUCCAAUGGCGCUCAUCGCCGAAGCCUUGUUGCACGCGUGACCAAAACGUUGGCUCGGCAAUCCGGCGUUCAAGACACGAAAGCUCAGCUCGGCCAAGCGUGGCGCGGGGCAGUCAAGCAACCCGCUCCUGCGUCUGCAGGCGACCAAGCCGAUGCGGUCGACUCUGAAUCCGAGCAUACAGACGACGACGACGACGACGACGACGACGACAGUGCCGAGGAAGUUAUCGAAGCCGUUGUUCCGCCUGCUCCAGUUGUGGCGCGACCUGCCACCGCGCGCACGCCGAGCGCUCGAGGCGCACCCGCACCGUUGGUCUCCAGCACCGCGUCACAGUCUUCGCAGCGGACUGGAUCUGCCCGCGCCCAGCUUGCGGCCAUUACCACCGAGGUGCUUGGCUUGGUCAAUCUGCGCCCGGUCUCCCAGAUGCUGGCCAACGCCCAAUUCCGCGAUCAACUCGAAGUCGCCAUGCGCGCCAACCCGACCGCCCCAACGUCGACCUACAGUCCCGUCUUCCCUCGCCAAGCGGUGUCAAGCCGCCCUGUUUCCAUCAACUCCCCUGAAGACGCCUUCCGUCAGGUUCGCAUGCAUUACAGCACUUCCAAUGAUGCGGGCACGACCAAUCGCAACGCUGCAGCCGCAACUUCUCGCCCUACCCGUGCUCUGGACGAUGAUCAGCACCAGCUGGACGACGCUUUCGAGCAUGUCAACCUUUCCGACCUCGACGGCAGCGAGGAGCACGUUCGAGCGCCCAUUCCCGCCUUCAUGGACAGGAUGGUGACGGACACGAUGGAGGAAGACAUGGACAAUCUUAUGCAGUGGCGCCGUGUGACCUCCUUCUUGGAGGAUGACGAGAUGCGCAACCACUUUGAAAGUCACCUGCUCCGCCACGUCGAGCGUGCCGGAAUCACGCGCCGCAGCGAAAACCUGGUUGCCGGCGGCCGCUCCCGUCGCCCUCGUGUGGUCCACAACAAUGCUGCUGGAGCGACUGCUAUUGCCAGCAACAACACCUCCAACGGCUACAACGGCAGCAAUGCAGGAGGCGCAUCUCUCUCGGCCCAAGUCUCUGUGACGCGCUCCACCGAGGUUUCAAGUCCGAAUGCUGGUGCAACCCAUGGCAAACUGGUCAGUCUCGAGGCUCAGCUCACGCACUUGCAGCACCACGUCAACGACCUGCGGCGCAUGAUGAAAAUCCAGUGCGAGUUGCAAGCUGACAUGCAGCGGGCCAUCCGCCAAGAGGUAGCUGCACUUCUUCAUGGUUACAAGGAGGGCUUGUCGCCUGAAUCCGCUGCCAAGAGCGUCGACUCUGUCGCCGUGGCCAAAGGAAACUGCGCCGUGUGCUUGGAACAGCCCAUUGACAGUUUGCUGUACGGCUGCGGACACAUGUGCAGCUGCCACGCUUGCGGACUGUCGCUCAAGAUCCAAGGCAAAUCGUGCCCAAUUUGCCGCGCACCUAUCAAGGACGUUGUUAAAGCGUACGUGGCGUCCUCUCUGUGAGCGUUAGUCGCAGAGUAUAUUGGAAGGUUGUUUUUUUUUUUUCAAAGUCUGGUUUCUCUCUUUGUGUUGCUGGUCGCUCGAUUUUUGUAUUGUUCGCCUCUUUUUUUUCCUGGUUUUUUCUUCAGUCCAUCGUUGCUUGUUGUUGUACCUGCACAUAUCCUGUAUCGUUCAUCAUUUUGUUUCAAAAAAGAAAAAAAAAAGGCAGCAACACCCGAGGUUUGACAAG